CAUCUCUGCGGAAGUGUUGUGUGUGUUGUUUUCCUCUCUGCCACCACCACCAUGCCAUCAUCAUGAUCAUCAUCAUCCCUAGCAGCAGCUACAGACACAGUUUGAUUUGAUACCUUUAGAACUUAUUGGUAGAUGAAGACCUAUAAGUUGAUCUAAACAUAUGAGUCCUGUGGUUAUUAAAGUGUGAUCUUUGAGAUGGGGAAGAAGGACAAAGCAGACCGGGGUGAGAAGCGGUCCAAGAAACGUUCCUACGAGGAAGAGGAUGAUGAUGAAGAGGUGGGGGGAGCGGAUUCCCAGGAGAUCCCUGCAGCUGCGGGGAAGCAUGUGGAGGAGUCCACCACUAAGCUGGAUGAGUACGGAGCUAAGGACUACCGCUCCCAGAUGCUACUGAAGAACGACCACUCCUCACGACCGCUAUGGGUGGCCCCAGAUGGUCACAUCUUCCUGGAGGCCUUCUCUCCCGUCUAUAAAUACGCCCAGGACUUCCUGGUGGCCAUCGCUGAGCCGGUGUGCCGGCCCGUCCACGAACACGAGUACAAGCUGACGGCCUACUCACUGUACGCCGCCGUCAGUGUCGGCCUGCAGACCUCCGACAUCGUGGAGUACCUGCAGAAACUCAGCAAGACCUCCGUACCCGACGGUAUCAUUCAGUUCAUCAAGCUCUGCACUGUGAGCUACGGAAAAGUCAAGAUGGUUCUCAAACACAACAGGUACUUCGUGGAGAGUGCGUUUCCCGAGGUGAUCCAGAACCUACUGCAGGACUCGGUCAUCAGAGACUGUCGCCUGCGCACCGCCGACGGAGCGGACACGGAGCUCAUCACAGAGAUCAUCAGCAGCAAGUCAGCGAUCGCCAGAUCUGUGCAGGAGAAGGCAGGAGCAGCGGCGACCUCGACCACCGCGGCAGGAGAAGGAACCUCUUCCACCGCGCUGGUUCCUGAGGACAUCUUCAGCUACUACGAGCAGAUGGACAAGGAGGAAGAGGAGGAGGAGGAGACACAGACCGUGUCCUUUGAGAUACGACAGGAGAUGAUCGAGGAGGUUCAAAAACGCUGCAUCCAGCUGGAGUACCCCCUGCUGGCGGAGUACGACUUCCGCAACGACACGGUGAACCCCGACAUCAACAUGGACCUCAAGCCGACGGCCGUGCUGCGGCCGUACCAGGAGAAGAGCCUCCGGAAGAUGUUCGGGAACGGACGCGCUCGCUCCGGCGUCAUCGUGCUGCCCUGUGGUGCGGGGAAGUCUCUUGUGGGCGUGACGGCCGCCUGCACGGUGAGGAAGCGCUGCCUGGUGCUGGGGAACUCCUCGGUGUCGGUGGAGCAGUGGAAGGCCCAGUUCAAGAUGUGGUCCACCAUCGACGACUCCCAGAUCUGCCGCUUCACGUCGGACGCCAAGGACAAGCCCAUUGGCUGCUCGGUGGCCAUCAGCACCUACUCCAUGCUGGGCCACACCACCAAGAGGUCCUGGGAGGCCGAGCGCGUCAUGGAGUGGAUGAGGAGCCAGGAGUGGGGCCUGAUUAUACUGGAUGAGGUGCACACCAUUCCUGCCAAGAUGUUCCGGCGGGUUCUGACCAUCGUCCAGUGCCACUGUAAGCUGGGUCUCACCGCCACGCUGGUCCGAGAGGACGACAAGAUCGUGGACCUGAACUUCCUGAUCGGACCCAAGCUAUUUGAGGCCAACUGGAUGGAGCUGCAGAACAACGGAUACAUCGCCAAGGUCCAGUGUGCUGAGGUGUGGUGUCCCAUGUCUCCAGAGUUCUACCGGGAGUACGUCGCCAUCAAGACCAAGAAGAGGAUCCUCCUCUACACCAUGAACCCCAACAAGUUCCGCGCCUGCCAGUUCCUCAUCCGCUUCCACGAGCGCCGCAACGACAAGAUCAUCGUGUUUGCCGACAACGUGUUCGCCCUCAAGGAGUAUGCCAUCCGCCUAAACAAACCUUACAUCUACGGCCCCACCUCUCAGGGGGAGCGCAUGCAGAUCCUCCAGAACUUCAAACACAACCCCAAGAUCAACACCAUCUUCAUCUCCAAGGUAGGAGACACGUCCUUCGACCUCCCGGAGGCCAACGUGCUGAUCCAGAUCUCCUCCCAUGGCGGGUCCCGGCGGCAGGAGGCCCAGAGGCUGGGCCGCGUGCUGAGAGCCAAGAAAGGCAUGGUGGCGGAGGAGUACAACGCCUACUUCUACUCUCUGGUGUCUCAGGACACUCAGGAGAUGGCCUACUCCACCAAGAGACAGAGGUUCCUGGUGGACCAGGGGUACAGCUUCAAGGUGAUCACUAAGAUGGCAGGCAUGGAGGAGGACGACCUGAUGUUCUCCACGCGGGAGGAGCAGCAGCUGCUGCUGCAGAAGGUGAUCGCCGCCUCGGAACUGGACGCCGAGGAGGAGGUGGUGCUGGGGGAGAUGGGGGGGCGGCCCACGUUCUCGCGGCGACCGGGCACCAUGAGCUCCAUGUCCGGGGCGGAUGACGCCGUCUACAUGGAGUACCACAGCCGGGGCCGCUCGGCCGCUGCCUCUGCCAAGGGAUGCCACCCGCUCUUCAAGCGCUUCCGCAAGUAGAAAAAGCGCCCUCUGGUGGUCGAUCCGGGAACUAAAGGCCAGCCCAGGGAGAAUCUGGUUGAACAAAGCUACUUGAUACUGUGGAGUAGAUCCAGAGUUUUCCCGCCAUACAGCUGCAGCUGAAGCAGAGAGGAAGUUCUGGUUGAAAGGAAUCUAAGUGGACAAUUUUUGUGUAGGGAAAUAACCUUAAAAAAUAGCCAACAUUUUGGAUACCGGUUAUGAUGAUGUCUAAAGAGCAGAAAAACAGAAAAUAUUAAUUUCCCAAAGUGUAAUCCAGUAUUUGGGUAGGAAAUAUGACUUUUGUUUCAUUUGUGCAUUAGGAAGUUUUAUAACAGGUUGAAAUAUGUUUGGGUUGUAAUGACACAUUUAACGUUUCCAUGUCAGACGGUUUUAUAACUCCACCUUUAAAUAAACAAAACUGGGAAUUAAAAAAGAAUACUGCUUGCUUA